CAUCAGCACAAACACCGGAUCCGAGCCCACUGAUAAUUCCAUUUUCCCCAAAUACAAAAUGACGAAAAUAGCUUUCAUAACUUCUUUACUGGCUUCCCCCACCAGUUACGAAGCCUCACUCGCAACCGUGGCCGAGUCCCUCCGCCGCCUCCCCUCAACAAAAUCUCUACGCAAAUGCCGUCAGCUCCACGCUUUCAUCCUCACCUCGGCCCCCUCCCCUUCCAUCCGCUUUCUAUUCAAUAACCUAUUGUCAUUAUACUCAAAAUGUGGCGCACUCCUCGACGCACACAAGCUGUUCGACAGAAUGUCUGACCGAAAUACCGUCUCCUACAAUGCUAUAAUGUCCGCCUAUUCCAGGUUCCCUUGCCACGCCACUUCUUGCAUGCAUCUGUUCCAUGAUAUGUCGUCGGUCGGCAUCACUCCCAACGCCUCCACCUUCUCCGCUCUUGCACAUGUCAUCCAUGACCACCGAGCUGGCAGCGCCGUUCAUUGCCGUGUCGUCGUUUUGGGAUUCUACGGCAAUGUGUUUGUAAAGACGUCUCUUUUGAGAAUGUACUUGGGUUGUUUAAGCUUGGAAUCGGCAGAGAGGAUAUUCCACGAAAUGCCUGAAAAAGAUGAGGUAGCUUGGAACUCCAUGCUCCUCAGUAGAUUGAACGGUUGUGAGAUUAAGCGUGCACUGCAGCUCUAUGUUGGCAUGGUACAAGAAGGAUUAGAACCUACUCCUUGUACGUUUACAAUGCUUUUGACUGUGUGCAGAAAAGCGGAGGACUUGAAUGCAGGACGAGUCGUCCAUGGACAUAUUAUUAAGUCUAAGUAUCCACCUGAUAUUCCAUUGCAGAACGCGCUUCUUGAUAUGUAUGCUAGCUGUGGGGAUGUGAGAACGGCUGAGUUGGUUUUUGAAAGAAUUGAUGAUCCAAAUUUGGUGUCUUGGAAUUCCCUGAUGGCUGGUUUUUCAAGUAAUUGUGAUGGGGAGAAGGCUAUUGGUGCUUUUGUGAAGCUAAAGUUGAUGAAUUGCUCAGAUGUGCUUCCUCCCGAUGAGUAUACUUUUGCAGCUGUCGUUGCUGCUACUGCUGCUUUUCCUUCAUUAUUCUAUGGAAAGCCUCUUCAUGCUGAGAUCUGUAAAACAGGAUGGACGGAGAGUGUCUACGUUGGACAGACGUUAAUUGGCAUGUAUUUUAUGAAUAGUGAGCCAUUGUCGGCCGAGAAGAUAUUCCAUAGUGUUCCUCAGAAGGAUGUGGUCAUAUGGACUGAGAUGGUGGCUGGACAUUCAAUGCUGGGUGGUGGGGAAAUGGCAAUACAAUACUUUUCUAAUAUGCUAGUGGAAGGACAUGAAGCUGAUAGCUUUUCUCUUAGCAGCGCUAUAAAAGCAUCAGCUUUUCUUACCGCACUGAGACAGGGUGAGAUGUUCCAUGGUCUGGUGAUUAAAGUUGGAUAUGGAGGAAAUUCUUGUGUUUGUGGAAGCCUAGUUGAUAUGUAUGCUAAAAACGGUAGCCUUGAAAGUUGUAGAUUUGUGUUUGAUACAAUUAGAAGGCCUGAUUUAAUAUGCUGGAACUCAGUUAUUGGAGGAUUUGGUAAUCAUGGAAAUGCUGAGGAAGCCUUUAGUCUUUUUCGACAGAUGGUGGAAAGUGGUCUACAGCCUGAUCAUGUCACCUACAUCUCUUUACUUUCUGCCUGUAGCCAUUGUGGACUGCUUGAGAGAGCCAGGUUUUACUGGUUUUGUAUGAUGAAUGAUGGCAUCAUACCAGGGCUAAAGCACUAUACCUACAUGGUAAACCUGCUAAGUCGAGCUGGGCUGUUGCGAGAAGCUGAAGAGUUGAUCGCGAGCUCACCUUUUGGAGAUUGCUCCACUGAGUUGUGGAGAAUUUUGUUGAGCUCAUCUGUUGUCAGCAAGGAUUUGGAUAUGGGUAACCAUGCAGCUAAGAAGGUGUUAAAUUUAGAGCCAGAUGAUCUUCCUACCCAUAUAUUACUUUCAAAUCUUUAUGCUUCGGUCGGUAGUUGGGAUGAGGUAGUUGAAGUCAGAAGAAAGAUUAGAGGUCUACUUGUUGGGAAGGAACCUGGUUUAAGCUGGAUUGGACAGAAAAAUACGGUUCAUGUUUUUUCUGCUGAUGAUGAUUGCCAUGCACAGAUUGAUGACUGUCGAAAUGAGUUGCUUAGAUUGCAAGAAAAUAUGGAAGGAUCAGAUCUACAUAAUAUUUGUUUCUGAUUAUAACUGAAGGUCAUCUUUGAUAUUAUUUUAAUGCGGUGAGGCUAAACAUUCCAUUCAAAUUGCUUCUGAUUGGUCUCUGUACAGGAAUACAUGAAAACUGCAUUUGCGCACAACAAAUUAAUCCUUUUUUCAUGGGAAGACUGUCCUGUAAGUAGAGUAGCGAAGCAAGCUUUAGUUUUGAGAGGAAGGUUUCAAUGCUUUUGAUAAUUGAAGAAUUUCAAUGGCAGAUGAUAUAGUGAUUGUCAGAAUUUUGUUUUGCCUGCCUAUCCGACAAGCAAUAUGAUGAUUUCACGGAAUGUAUGGAAAAGCAGAAGGCCGGAAAAGCAUCCAUCAACCUGAUGAGGAAGCAGAUGCAAGAACAUUACGAAGACAGCAGGUGUUCAUUUUGUUUUCAAAUCUAUCUAUGAGUGGCACCAGAGUCUUACUAGUAAGUACGAAUCGAGCCCAAGAGAAAAAAAAAUUGAAUGAAAGAGAAAACUAGAGUAAUAGACUGAAGAUUUCACUAGAUUUCCAUUAGAAAGUACAUAAUAUGAUGUAACUUGAUCGAUUGCAAUCGGUCAUAAUACUGAUAGGCCGGUUCCUCCUGAACUGGCCCAACCGGCCCAUCCAGGGCCAAUUUUUGUUUAUAGGAGACAGGCUAGUCCCGCCUCCUCUAUACUUGCCGUAGCCCGCCUCCUUUAUGCUUGCCGCCCACAAUAGUAGGUUCCACUAUUCCAAUUGAGUUCAAAUUAGAAAAGGAGGGGGCGGCUAGGGCUUUGGAGGGAAAAUUGAUUUGGAAAGUUUAUUUAUUAAAUAGCAUGAGGUGUUUUAGGGUUAGGGUUAUGCUUGAUUUGUUUCUCUUGUAGUUCUUUGGCGUCUUGGGCUCUAGACUCCUUAUCUAGAGAUUGGGAGAUAACGAUCCUUCUCUCGGAUUGAGGAUCACUUGUAUCUUGUUUUGUGUUUGUUUGGUUUUGAUUCUCUUAUUGCAAUCCAUCGUUUUGAGGCUGAUUUCACCCA